CCCUCUCCAGCACACGCACAUUCAUGUUUAUGCGUGUAUCUAUGUGUUUAUGUGCAUUUCUAGAAUUAUGUUUGUUUCUGGGUUUUAAUUUUUUGAAUUAUCACAUUUUUUGUUAUGGGUUUUAUGUUAAAGAGUGAUCGUACAGGCCAUAAGGAUAAUCGUAAUAAAUUUUGUUAGGCGUAUGUUAAAUUUUGGGUUUUUCCUAUUUUCCAUAAUUUUGUUAAAGAGUUUGUGUUAUCUGCAUAGUUGGUUAUUUACACACUUGGUCUAUCUUGGCUUUCGGGUUAUUGAAUUUAAAUUUUAGUUAUUAGGCACUAUAGCUCUGAGCCCAUAUCAGUGAUAACUAAAAUAUCUAGAAAAUGGCCAAUCAUGUGGCCAGCUGUGGUGCGCAGUGUUUUGGAUUACUGUAAUGGAAAUGAGCAUUUCUGAUAGGGAAUAUUGGAUUAAACCUGUUGAAUUUAUCGGUUUCCUAAUUCUUUCUCUAGCCUAGUGUCGAAAAUAGAUUCAUGAGUGGUUGUCUACAGAGUUGACGUUAGGUGAGGAAUCUACAAAUUGUUGGUGAAUGCAGAACAUUUUAUGAGUUCUUGGUUUUGAUAGUUUACAAAUAUGGGGUUCACUUUUCUACUUUUGUGUGUCAGUCGUUUAUAUGUUCAGAAUUUUUAUUUGGCUCAAGUAGGAUCAGUAUACUGUUUGGUCUUACAUGGUGACUUCAGAAAGCACAAAAAUAUGUGUGGCUGUGUCUGUAUGCACGUAAAAUUUAUGUGUAUAUGGAAAGAAGUUUGAUUGGUAGAUCAUUUUGUUGACGUAAUUGUCGUAAAAGACUAUGAAAGACGUGUUUAGUUGUUUAGAUGGAUGUUAUUUUCCCUAUUGCUAAUUUGGGAGUUUGAAUUCCUUCCAGGUUUAUCUAUACUUUAAAGUUCUUUUAAAUUGCUACAGGUGAAAGUUGAGAAACAUUAUGUAUUAUACUACGUAAGUGAUGAAAUUGGUCUGUUUUUUUUUCGGGUGGGGUCGGGGGGGGGGGGCUUUUAUCCCUUGGAUGCCCCUUUUACUAUUGGAGCUGCUCAUGGAACUUAAAUAUUUGGGACACUGAUUUAAUGAAGUUGAGUGGAUCCUGAACUGUUUUUUGAGGAUACCUAUUCCAUAAUAACAUGUAGCUAACAAAUUCUGCAUUACACAGUAGUACGGAUUUCACCUUCUUUGAAUUUUAAACAUCUGCUCUUUUAUACAUUUUUUGAAGAAUUAGCACAGUUAUGUAACUUUAUGAAGCUAUAAGCAUUGAUGUUAUCUUUUAUAGGCUUAUACUUUCAAAUGGGCCCGUUAGUCCUGAAUGAGCAUAAAAAGGAAAUAAGUCGAUUUUGUCAUCUUAAAUAAUUGGGAGAGUGUCAUCAAUUUGGAUUUGUUUGAACUUUAUAUUGUUUGGGAAUGGUUAGAGUAUAUUUUGUAAAAUGUUGCAGAAAACUGGAGUAUAAUAUCGUGGAGAGCUGGGACAUUAUUCAUACUUCUGCAACAAAUUGGAAAAAGGAAAAAAAAGAAGAGUAAGCAAUAUUGAUAGCAGCUACCAGCCACUUUUACGGAUGGAUCUCUUUACAUGCUGAUUUCUUCCAUUGGGUUUUAAUUUGAUUCCUGGAUCAUCUGCUCCUCAAAUCCUGGGACGCUUUCAUUGUUAGGUACUCUUUUAGUCCAUAAUCUCCCAAUUUUGUUUGGGGAUUAAUAUGCAGAAUCUAUCCAAGAAUACUUCUUUGAGACUGACGUCUCAGAAGUCUCUUCGUCAUCUGGGAUUAUGUUCUCAAAUAGCAACUGGACAGCAAACAUCUCCAGUUGUCUUUCCAGAAAAACGUGGUAGAGGGAAGACUGCAACACGUGGUGAAAUCACUAUCAACAAUGAUGAUUCUAAGAAAGCUGAAAGGGAGGAACACAGGAUUGACAUUGGGGAUGAACAGUCUAAUUUACUAGGAUAUGAAGUGUUUUCUGGGAAACUGGCUUUGGACAAAAGGAAAUCUAAUAAAAAUGCUGAUGUACCAGUUUCAACAGAGAUUGCAAGCCAGGAUGCAGUUGAUGCUAAAUUGACGAGCAAGGCACUAGUCUGUGGUUCUCUGAUGUUGAGCUUAGAAGAUGUGAUUUCGGUAUCGUACUGUGUUGGUCUAAGACAUUUUACUGUGCAUGCGUAUCCUUUUAGAAAAGGUUUUAUCAAAAGAAGGAGAAGUAGGAAAGAUUACCGCUUCUUAGCUUGUACCUCAGAUUAUGCACUUCAGUGGGUUAAUUCGUUUGCAGAUCGGCAGUCCUAUGUGAAUUGCCUCCCUCAUCCUAUGGCUUCUAAGAAGCAGGGUACAGAUUUGAUUUUCAAUGAAUUUCCUCCCGAGUCAUAUAUAAGAUGUAAAAGUCCACAAAAAAUGCUUGUAAUUUUAAAUCCUCGGUCUGGACGUGGACGUUCAACUAAAGUUUUUCAUGGCAUGGCUGAACCCAUAUUCAAACUUGCUGGGUUUGAGUUAGAGGUGGUCAAAACAACUUCUGCUGGUCAUGCUAGAAAACUCGCAGCCAGUGUUGACUUCAGUACUUGUCCCAAUGGUAUUAUAUGUGUUGGAGGUGAUGGAAUCGUAAAUGAGGUUUUGAAUGGUUUACUUAGCAGAGACAACCAAAAAGAAGCAAUUUCAAUUCCAAUUGGAAUUAUACCCGCAGGUUCUGAUAAUUCUUUAGUGUGGACUGUUCUUGGGCUCAGAGAUCCGGUUUCUGCAGCAAUUUCCAUAGUUAAGGGAGGUCUUACUGCCACUGAUGUAUUUGCCGUGGAGUGGCUCAACACUGGGGCUAUUCACUUCGGGACGACCGUUACAUACUUUGGAUUUAUUAGUGAUGGUAAUUUUAGUUGCAGCAACUUAUGUCAGAUUAAUUUCUGUUUCAAAUUAUCACUAAGAUAACAU